UCCCCACACAUUCCACAUACACCCCAUCAUCCACCGUUCAUCACCCCCUCACCACAUUAAAAAAUCUCACUUAACUAACCUCUCACAUUACUCAUUCUCUCUCUCUCUCUGAUUCCACAUCACAGACCCAAAAUGGCAAACCAAAACGCCAUCGUUUUACUCCUCGCUUUCGUUAUUCUCCUCACCGACGUAGCAACAACCGUUCAAGGCGAUUCAACAAAAAAGACGCUAGUCAAAUACAAACACGGAAAAAAAUACUGUGAUCAAGGAUGGGAAUGUCAAGGUUGGUCGAUUUACUGUUGUAAUUUAACCAUAACUGAUUAUUUUCAAACGUAUCAGUUUGAGAAUCUGUUUUCAAUGAGAAACUCGCCGGUUGCACAUGCCGUUGGGUUUUGGGAUUAUCAUUCUUUUAUUGCUGCUGCUUCGAUUUUCGAGCCGCAGGGUUUUGGUACCACUGGGAAGAAUAAGACUUUUCAGAUGAUGGAAAUUGCUGCUUUCCUUGGACAUGUUGGCAGCAAAACCUCUUGUGGAUAUGGAGUGGCAACUGGAGGACCUUUAGCCUGGGGUCUUUGUUACAAUCAUGAAAUGAGUCCUAGUCAGACAUAUUGUGACGACUAUUACAAAUUGACAUACCCCUGCACUCCCGGUGCUGAAUACUACGGACGUGGAGCCAUUCCUAUUUACUGGAACUACAAUUAUGGAGCUGCAGGAGAGGCUUUGAAGGUGAAUCUACUUGACCAUCCAGAAUACAUAGAGCAGAAUGCAACCCUAGCUUUCCAAGCCGCAAUGUGGAGAUGGAUGAACCCAAUCAAAAAAUCACAACCCUCUGCCCACGAUAUCUUCGUUGGCAACUGGAAGCCUACCAAGAACGACACAAUGGAGAAACGGGUUCCUGGUUUUGGCUCUACAAUGAAUGUUCUCUACGGUGAUAGUGUUUGCGGACAGGGUGAUGUUGACGCGAUGAACAAUAUCGUUUCUCAUUACCUUUAUUAUCUCGACCUUCUUGGUGUCGGCCGUGAACAAGCUGGACCCCAUGAGUUCCUCACAUGCGGUGAGCAGGUUCCUUUCAACCCAUCCUCCAAAUCUGCAUCGUCUUGAAUUAGAUCAUGUUUAUCAGCAUAUGAUAUUGUUGUGCCUAUACCUUUGAAAAUGGUAAGAUAAUAAGUGUUCUUAAAGUUAUUGGCAAUGCAAUAAUUUUGAACUCUGUGGCAGUGUGCGAAUUCUUUAUAUAGUUUUUUGUUUGUUGUUGUGUAGAAGUAUAAGUCAUUUGUAAUAUUACACUUUGUGAAAAAUCUGUAUCUGGUAUAUAAUUACUUAUGAACGUUUUUUGUUAUUAUAUACAUUCCUUGGUUGCAGA